AUGCAAGGCUGGCGAAUGACAAUGGAGGACGCACACGCCGCGGUGCUGGAUACUAACGGGGAUGGACGGCCAGAGGUGUUCGCUGUUUUCGACGGUCACGGGGGCAGCGAAGUGGCAGCGUUCUGUGGGCGGCACCUACCAGCGCAGCUCGCAACGGCUCUCGAGGCCAACCCGGGGGACAUUCCCAAGGCUCUCAUAUCCACCUUCUUUAGGAUGGACGAGAUGAUGGCGCGCGAGGAGCACCGGGCGGAGCUGCAGCAGCUGGCGAGCGAGGGGAAGGAGAGUGAGGACGCGCGGCUGAGACAGGAGGAGCGAGAAGCGCGCCGAGGCGAAGGCGAACGCAGCGCGCUCGUUGCCUCUGUGUUCGGGGCUGGUGAGGAGGAGGAGGAGGAAGAGGAGGAAGAGGAGGAAGAGGAGGAAGAGGAGGAAGAGGGGGAAGAGGAGGAAGAAGGGGAAGAUGAGGAGGAGGAGGGGGAAGAGGAGGAGGAAGAGGAGGAAGGGGGGGAGGUUGAGGAGGGUGAGGAGGAAGAAGAAGAGGAUGAGGAGGAUGAGGAAGGGGAAGAGGCGGAUAGUGGUGGGGAGGUGGUAGGAGAGGGGCCUAAGGGCGGGGCAUUGGAGAGCAGAGCAGAUGCAGCAGAGGAAAAGGGGUUAGAAAGAAUACAGGACGGCGCGGCGGGUGGAGCAAGUGAAACGGUUGGAUGCCAAGGUGUGGAGCAAGGGGAGAAGCAGGGGCGGGAGCAAGGGGAGAAGCAGGGGGGGGAGAAGGAGCAGGGAGGAAGAAGCCGUGCAAAGCGGAAAUCAAAACCCAGGAGAAGCACUAGCGCGUUAGGCGCACAGGGGAAGGGCGCAUCUGCAGAUGAAGAGGAGAGCGGCAAGGGGAAGGAGACGGGGAAGGAGGGUGGGAGUGGUGCAGAGAAGGCUGAGAGUAGUGGAGAGAAGGUGGAGAAUGGUGGAGAGAAGGGGGAGAGUGGUGGAGAGAAGGUGGAGAGUGGUGGAGAGAAGGGGGAGAAUGGUGGAGAGAAGGUGGAGAAUGGUGGAGAGAAGGGGGAGAAUGGUGGAGAGAAGGUGGAGAGUGGUGGAGAGAAGGUGGAGAGUGGUGGAGAGAAGGUGAAGGGCGGUGAGGAGAAGGGUGAGAGUGGUGGGCGGAAGAAGAAGAAAAAAGCGAACAAGAGGAAGAGGGAGGGCGAGCGGAAGGAGGGAGGGACGAGGGCGCGCGUGCAUUCGUCGUCACUGUCGUCCAGCCUCAUCAAGAUGUUUCUCGCUGACGUUGUUAGGCGAGCCAAGGAGGAGAAGGAGAAGGAGGGGAAGGAGAAGGAGAAGGAUGGAGGAAAAGGGGAGGAGGGGAAGGAGAAGGAGAAGGAUGGAGGAAAAGGGGAGGAGGGGAAGGAGAAGGAGAAGGAUGGAGGAAAAGGGGAGGAGGGGAAGGAGAAGGAGAAGGAUGGAGGAAAAGGGGAGGAGGGGAAGGAGAAGGAGAAGGAUGGAGGAAAAGGGGAGGAGGGGAAGGACGGGCAGAGAGGCAAGGAUGGGAAGGGCAGAGUAGCGAAGGACGUGUCAAAGAAGCACCGCCCUCCCAAUGCAGGCAGGCCUGUCCCAACUCCCCCAACCACCACCCUCUCCCUCCCUCGCCCCACACGCACCCACCAGCCAAUAUUCAUGAUCAAUAGAGGGACAGGGGCACCCCAAAAAGCUUAUCAUGGGCCCGAGGCGGGGUGCACGGUGGUGGUAGGAGUGGUGGCAGGGAAACAGCUCGUGGUGGCGAAUGCGGGCGACUCGCGGUGUGUGCCAAUCUUUAUGGUCAAGAAAACGACACCCCAGAAGGCCUAUCGGGGCCCCGAGGCGGGAUGCACGGCGGUGGUAGCAGUGGUGGCGGGGAGGCAGCUGGUGGUGGCGAAUGCGGGCGACUCGCGGUGUGUGGUGAGCCGGGGAGGAGAGGCGGUGGAGAUGUCGCGAGAUCACAAGCCCACCGUGCCGGAGGAGCGCAGGAGAAUUGAGCAGUCGGGGAAGUUCGUGUCGGACGGCCGGAUAGACGGCUGCCUCAACCUCUCCCGUGCCCUAGGGGACAUGGAGUACAAGCACAGGCCUGAUCUACCUCCAGAGAAGCAGGCAGUCACGGCAUUGCCUGAAGUCAAAUCGGUUGAUUUAUCGGAUAAAGACGAGUUCAUUGUGCUUGCAUGCGAUGGCAUCUGGGACGUGAUGUCAAGCCAAGCCGUGGUCACGUUUGUGCGAUCAAGGCUGGCGAAAGAGGUGCUUCUAACCGACAUAUGUGCACAGCUCAUGGAUGAAUGCAUUGCUAAGGAUGCGCACUCAUCGCCUCUCGGCCUGGACAACAUGACAGUCAUCAUCGCACAGCUCAAACCCACCAUGUGGCAAUCCCCUCCUUUGCCUCCCAAAGAAUCCUGCGAGGCCUCUUUCACCUUUGACAAACCGACACAUUAG